AUUAUGUCGGUAGUUUUAGUAUUUUGUGUUGUUUUUGCAGCAGUCUAUUUUCUCGUACAUUGGUAUAAAAUAUUUUUGUGUGGAAUUCGUUUACCGGGUCCCUGGUCUGUGCCAUGUCUAGGGAAUGUGCAAUUUAUAACAAAAUUGAAACCGGAAAAACUCUUAGAUGUCAUACACACUUGCCGUGAAACAUACCGGCAUUCGUUUCGAUUAUGGUUGGGACCACAACUGUGGGUAUUUCUUCACAGUCCACAGGAGACGCGCGAUGCCCUAAAUGACGCCACAUUAAAAAAGGCCGACUCUUUUCAAAUGUUAAAUAUUUUCAUUGGAAAUGGAUUGUUGAUUAGCGAAGGCAAAGAAUGGGAACUACAUCGAAAAGCAUUGGGUCCAGCCUUUCAUCCGAAUAUAUUAAAUGGAUUUACACAUACAAUAAUACAACAUGUUAAUAUACUAGUGGAUAGAUUACGGGAUUUGAAUUCUCAACCAAUAGAAGUAUCGGAUUAUUUAUUUGCCUGUAUAAUGGAUACAAUUAUUGACACAUUAAUGGGGAAAAAUUUGGAGACGCAGAAAAAUCAGAAUCAUCCCUACACACAUGCAUUCCAUAGAACAAGUGAAUUACUAUUUGAGCGCAUGGUAAAUCCAUUACUCUUUCCCGAUUUCAUUUACAACAACACCCAAAGAUAUAAAGACUUAGUGAAAUAUAUAAACGUAAUACACAAUCUUAUGGACUCUGUGAUUUUGGAACGCCAAAAGUUUCUGGAGCAGGAGGAAAAUCAAACAAUAUUGGCAACACAAAAACAAAGAUGUCUCUUGGAUACAUUGCUCACUGCUACCAUUGAAGGAAACCCACUUAGUCUAAAAGAGAUACGAGAUGAAGUGAAUACCUUUGUAUUUGCGGGUGUAGAUACCACCACCGCAGCCAUGUGUUUUGUUCUCUAUUGUCUGGGAAAAUAUCCACAAGAGCAACAAAAACUUCUUGAAGAAAUCCAAAGCAUUCGUAGAGAAUCGGAUGAGGGAUUUCCCAAUACCUCAGAUCUCAAUAAAUUGGAAUAUUUAGAUAUGUUCAUUAAGGAAUGUUUACGCCUCUAUACAAUUGUACCAAUGACUGGACGUCAGACAACAAAGACCACCAAAAUUGGUGGACGUUUAUAUCCUCCAGGUGUUACAUUGUGGAUCAACAUGUAUGGCUUGUGUCACGACAGUCAAUUGUAUGAGGAACCUUUCAUAUUUAAACCUUCACGUUUCACUCGAAUGGAAUAUCAACGAUUGCCUAAAUUUUCUUAUAUACCCUUUUCGGGUGGUCCACAUGUGUGUAUUGGUCGAAAAUAUUCACUGCUGAUAAUGAAAAUUAUGUGUGUUCGGCUAUUGGAAAAUUUUGAAGUGACGCUAAAAGAUCCCAAUGAAAAAUUGAUAUUGAUGUCACAAAUGACUUUGAAAUCAAAGAAUGGUAUUAAUGUCAUAUUUAGGGAAAGAUGA